AUGGAACUUAUGAUUAUACCAGAAUCAGCUUUACGCUUUCUUAUAGCACGUGAAAUUGUUCGACUACAAGGGAUUACAUCAACUGGCCUAAAAUUAACUUUAUCAGCUCGUGGUCAAUCAUUACUGACUAUCGGUGGAUUAAUUGGCAGUUUGUAUUUAUCAUAUCAAGCCAUAUUCCUACUCAACAGAGGUAUGAAGUUACCACUUCGAGCACCGAUUGUUACGCGAAUGUUGAUCUACCCACUACUACCUUUGUUCACAGUAUUUCUUCAACACCAAAUUAUGUUAGCCUGGCGUAGACGAUGUUGUCUACGCGCUGAUCAAAUUGUCUGCAGUUUAGGUGAAUCAUUUAGACAAGGCGGUUUAGAAUAUUAUAAUUGGCGUUUACGUUGGAAUCAGUUUUGGGCAACACGAUAUGCUGAAACCAAAGAAAGACAGGAGUUGAAUAGAAAAGGUGAUAAAAUAUCUGGAUUUGAUCCCGUUGCACAAUAUCAGCUGGAAAGAGAAGAGAAUUCUACAGAGAAGAGCAAAGCUGGACCUGAUUACUAUCUUCCUAUAUCAGAAAAUUUUUCACUCGAUGGAUCCCAAAUAAUCAUGCAUAAUCAAUUAAACAGUCAAUCAGAGCUUAAACAUUGUCGUAUAUAUCGUUUCAAUAAGUCUGGUAAUGAAUUAUGGGCUGGAGAUGGUGAUGGUAUUGGUUUUGGAUUGACUGGAAUUCUUAUAGUUGGUUUAAUUCCACGUGUUUUAGCCUCAUUUUUUAGUAUAUUCUCUUGUCCAGCAACUAGUCGCCAACGAUAUAAUCAAUUGUCUAUAAUAGAGGUUAAUUGA